UCUAAGAGUACAUUAAAACUAAACAGAAGUAGGUAAAGUGCAUUAUUUUUACAUUCAACUCUCUAUAUUAAUCUAGAAUCUAUAGAUAAUCUAAUAUUAUUUUUGUAUUAUUUAUUAGAUAUAAAUUAAAAACUGUGUGUUAUAUUUUUUUUAUAUUCAUCUGUACGAGGAUGUUAUAUUUGUUUGUGUGGUUAUGUGUCAUAUCAGUGUUGGGAACUUCAUCAGGUAUUCGAAUUAAUAAUAAGAAGGACCCUGUGAUUUUUUACGGAGAUGGUCCUGAUUCAAACAUCAUAUAUUAUAAACAGUGUGCACCCAGAGUGACCUGCAAGCGAAAUGCUAUUUACAGGACAGCGGACGGCACAUGUAAUAACUUGAGGAACCCGUUGUGGGGGUCAUCCGAAACUCCAUACAUUAGACUUGCUGAAGCUGCUUAUAAUGAUGGUAAUUAUGAAGUUCGUAAACAAGUUGAUGGUACUAAGUUGCCUAGACCUCGUCAAUUACAGUUACAAUUAUUUUUACGAAAAUCCAAAGAUUACCUAGACUCUAACAAUUAUCAUCUUAUGCAAUUUGGUCAAUGGGCCAAUCAUGAUAUCAGUCUUAUGCCACCCGAUACAACAGGGCCAGAGAGAUGUUGUUCCGUUCCAAUUUAUGAGAUCAACAGUAAUAGCCCAUACCAAUGUCAAUUAGCUAUUGAAAUACCUACGAAUGACAAGGUUCUUAGUCGUUAUGGACAAACAUGUAUGGAAUUUAAACGUGCAAUGACGGCUGCUAAUAAUUUUGGUUGUCCUGUAACUCCUCAAACUCCAAUGAAUCAGGCAACCUCAUUCUUUGACGCGUCACAAUUGUACGGACACAAACUAGAUACGGCAGAAUCAAUUAGAUCGUUUGAUGGUGGAAAAUUGAAAACAGAUAUCAUAAAUGGACACGAGUUUUGUCCUCAAAAAAAAAGACAAGGAUCAUUAUUAUGUGAUGAUCGGGAAAACGUGAACAUUUGUUUUGAAGCUGGAGAUCCAAGAUUAAACCAACACUUUGGGCUCACAGCGUAUACAACAAUGUUUACCCGGUUCCAUAAUAUUGUGACUGAUAAGUUACAAGAAAUAAAUCCUGAAUGGUCUGAUGAAGUGUUGUAUCAAGAAGCUAGAAAGUUUGUUGGUGCACUAAACCAGAUAAUUGUUUAUCGGGACUAUCUACCCAUUCUACUUGGCAAAUCAUUUACAAAACGCGUUGGUUUAGAUAUUCGUAAGAAUAAAAGAACACAAUACAACCCUGCAAUUAUACCGCAAUUGACCACGGAAUUUGCAGGGGGUGCUUUCCGAGUGCCACAUAAUACACUGCCUUCGACAUACGAUUACAUAAAUAAAAAUUAUCAAGUAGUGGAUUCAGUUCAAUUUUACCAAUGGAUGUCAAAGCCUGAUCCCUUAGUGAUGGGCAAUAAUUUUGAUCAAAUAGUCAGAGGCAUGACUACAUCAGCAGGCCGUUUAUUUACACCGUCAUAUAACUUUUUUAUAUCAAAUUUAAUGUUCCACACACAUCUCAGUGGUAAUGAAGAUUUGUUGUCAGUGGAUAUUCAAAGAGGUCGUGAUGUCGGCAUACCUCCAUAUACUAUUGUAAGAAAAUUGUGUGGUUUCCCAGAAGUCAAUUCAUUUGAAGAUUUAUUAAAUAUUAUACCGAAUUACGACGUCAAAUCACUGAAAGAACAGUACGCUACCGUUUAUGACAUUGAUCUACUCGUAGGAGCUUUACUCGAACCACCUGUCGAUGGUGGAACGGUUGGUCAAACUGCACAGUGCAUUUUAGCUGAUGUAUUUUACCGUAUUCGACUGGGUGAUCGUUUCUUUUUUGAUGUCAGAGGUCAACCGGGAAGCUAUUCUCUAGCACAAUUGAGAACUUUGAGAAACAUCGACCUAGGUCACGUGUUAUGUGCCACGACUGAAUUGGACGAAGUCCCAAUGGAUAUUUUUAAGACAUCAAGACGUUCACUCAUGAUGAAAUGCAAAAAUAAAUUAUCAAAAUUGGAUCUUAGUGCUUGGAGAGAAUAGUUUGUUAGUUAUAUAAAUUUGAUAAUAUUAUAUGCAAGGCGUUACUUAUUAAUGUACUAUAAAUUAUAAUGAAUAAGUAUAUACAAUGAUUUGCAUAGUUGACUCAAGUACCUAUGGACAGAUUAUUAUUAUUAUUAUAAUGCGGAUAUAAUAUAUUGUUGAGAAAUUAUUAUUUUAUUCUAACUUAAGAGGACAUUUCACCCUUUUUUUGUCUCCGUUUUACACACGUACGGAUAGCAAAAACUGUUUUUCACGGGAAAAAACCGAGAAGUCUACAGUCAUAACUAAGAAACGAAAUUGUCACCACAUAUAAAGGAGAACUUUAGCUGUGUAAUAUCUUUUUCAUUUUUUUUAUAUCACUUAUACGAAAAAAGUUCUUAUUGUUUCAAAAUCCAUUAUUAUUUGUGUUUUUUAAACUUUAAUAACUUUUUUUGAAGUUCUUAUAACGAAAAAAUAAAAACGAUAUUGCACAGCCAAAGUUCUCCUUUUUAUGUGGUGAAAAUUUCGUUUCAUAGUUAUGAGUUUAUGACUGUGGCCUUCUCGAUUCUUUCCCACGAAAAACAGUUUUUGCUAUGCCGUACGAGUGUAAGACGGUGACAACAAAUGUGGAUGAAACGUCCCUUAAUAUAUUAAUUAUGUAUUGACCUGUAUUUAUUUAUUAUGGUUUAAUAAAAAUAACUGAAAUUAUAAAUCAAAUAAUUGAUGACGUCGUGUUUGGAAUAGUACAAAUUUAAUUGUACCUAGCAAAUCUUAUUGUUAUUAAAAAUUAAAAAAAAUUAAAACUACA